AUGAUGAUGUUUGCCGCAUAUAUGACAAGGGCUAUCCAGUUGCUACUCAGCUCGCCUCGCAAGUCUCCAGAUCACGCAGUUGGAGAUGACGGCAGAGAGCGCGAAGAGCUGACGCCGCUUCGUCUGUCGGGAGAGUCACCGCAUACUUCUCUUCCCCCCAUGCCGCCUCGAUCACAUGCUGCCGCGUACAUCACGGUCCGUGGUCAAAAUCUCGACGACCCUCUGAGCUCGUUUAGCGAUGUGCCCGUGCCGCACUUUCGCAUCAGCAUUCCUGUCCGUCCACCACGGCCGCGGGCCGAGCGCUGGGCUGAGUUUGUUGGCGGCCAUGCGGACACUUUUCUCUUUUUCUGUGUCCUCCUGCUUGCUGGCCUGCCCUCGUAUUAUUCCUCUCCAGGUUAUACCAUGCCUUUGCACCUUUCUGUGAAUAUCCUCAUGUUCUUUUCCGCCAUGGCACUGCCGCCCAGCUGGCGCCAGUUGCUUCACCCCGUGAUUGUGUCUGCUUUCUCCACCCUUCUGAUCGUCUGGUUGCUUGGACGGGUUCAUGGCGACAACUCACUAUCGUCUGUGUUGGGGGAUUACCGCACAGGAUCGACGUAUCUGAAGCUGUGGGCCGCGGCAGGAACUGAGAAAGCAAACACUCUCCCUCGCCCUGGAGCCGGGGACAUCCUUUCCAGCGCUAUGGAUGCAAGCAUCGUCUCGUUGGCCUUGCCUAUGUAUCAGUAUAGGCAUGAGUUGCGGCGACACUUCUUUGCCAUAGUUCUGCCCAAUAUCGUCUUGUCGAUUAUCUCUUUGUUUGUAUACCCGGUUGUGUGCCACGCCAUUGGGAUCAGCCCCGAGCGCAGUCUAGCCUUCACUUCACGCAGCCUGACUCUUGCUUUGGCGACGCCUGCUGUAAAAAACCUGGGAGGUGAUCUGAACACAGUGUCUGCCGUCGCCCUUAUUUCAGGCGUUCUUGGUGUCCUCAUCGGCCGACAGCUGUUGUCAUGGUUGCGAAUCCCCGAAGACGACUACAUCACACGAGGUGUGACAUUCGGCGCAAAUGCUUCUGCACUGGGAACUGCGCUACUAUUGAGGACGGAUCCCCGUGCAGCUGCCAUUUCCAGUCUUGCAAUGGGCCUAUUUGGCACUGUGACGGUGGUUUUUUCUUCAAUUCCACCUAUGGUCCACAUUAUUCGGUCGUUGGUGGGCCUGACUUAA